CAUUGUUUUUCAGUCUACAAAAACUGUGCUGAGCUGUAUGAAGCUGGUGUUCGAAACAGCGGUGUUUAUACUAUCGACCCUGACAAUGCUGGAACCUUUGAAGUAUACUGUGACCAAACAACAACCGGUGGAGGGUGGACUGUGUUCCAAAAGAGACUGGACGGCUCGGUAGAUUUCUACCGUGGCUGGGAUGACUACAAACACGGUUUCGGAGAUCUGAAUGGUGAGUUUUGGCUCGGAUUGGGCAAGAUACACCGCCUGACAAAAGAACGCAGCAAGCUUCGGGUUGAUCUGGAAGACUUGGACUACCAAACAGCUUACGCUGAAUACGACUCAUUUGAUGUUGGUGAUGAACAGAGCAAGUACAAGCUGGCACGUCUUGGGCAAUACGCUGGUAAGACACAACACCACAGUUGAAAAAGAAAUAAUAAUGAAGUUCCACGUCGUCGUAAGGCCAGUGCAUUGAUUUUGAAUUACAAAUUACACGAUUUAUGGGACGAUCUGUAAGUCGACAAACACGCUGCAAUUUAUCAGGCAAACCUUUCUAUCAAAAGAAAAUGAAUGCGAGUAAUUUUUCUCGAACAUAAAUGUUCCAACAAGAGAGAAUAAUUGGUCGGAGAGGCAAUCUUAGACCGCAAGCCGAGACAUGUGAUUUUCACUAAAGUUAUAUUUAGAGGCUGGAUUAAACGGAAAUCUAUUUCCUGGAACGUCCACACUUUUAAAUCAAACUUUGAAAGGUCACCACCAAGUCCAUCACGAUUAACGCCCCGUCCAAAAUAAUUCGUUUUCGUUUGAAAAUGUAUUUAUUUCGCUGUGUUAAGGCCUGCCUUUCACACUUAUGCGCUGAGCGUUUUCAUCCAAAACGCAUCGAUUUGAAAACGGUUUUGAAAGUAACGCAUAGCGUGGAUGGUCGAAAACGCAUCAAAAUGAAAACGAUGACGUCAUAUGUACCACUUGGGUCGUAAAAUAUCGUAGGGCGUGUAUUUGUAGCAUGUGCAUAGGGUUCAAAUUACGUCAAAACGUGUAAUUCUACCGUUUUUGAACGCUUUAGUGUGGACAGUCAAAAACGCAUCAAAACGGUAGCUUUGGACGCGAAUCGAUCGAUGUGUUUUCGCUGACAACAAAAACGCCUUAGUGUGGACAGGGCCUUAUUGCCACACACCAAGAGAGCAUAAUGACCCCCUAUUCUAUUUGAAAACACUGAAUAAAAGUUUGCGGACCUCUCCAGAAACCAACUUCCGAUAAAUUUGAAGCGUUUAAUUGGUGUAAAAAUAAUUUAGUGAAAUUCGCAUAUUCCAAGAGCGAGAAUGGGUGUUUCCCUCUUUGUUCCAUUCUCUCUUAGUUUCUUUGGUAUCUGAGUUUUAGCGCUAAAUGAGAUAUAGGAAGCCGUUUCUCGCGUUGCUAGGUGAUCGCUUCUCUUAUUCCUAUUUCCCUUUUAAUAGACUGUCCGAAAACCGGGCUCAAGUUACUUAAGGCAAGCCGAGGCAAACCUAUUGUGCCUAUUGUAGUAGAGAGACGCUCAUUAGUAAACCUAUACCGAAUUAGUAUGUAGGAAGACACUGACUAGGCACUUAAUUAGUAUGGAGGAACGUAAUUUUUCCCUAGGUUAAAAACAAUGGGUGACGUCAUAGACUAUCCCUAAACUAUCCUUAGCUAUCCACCAACGGGGCUUAUCUCGCAACAUAGUAGACUACUCGUUUAGUUACUAUUUGAGAGGUCUCAGUUAUUCAAAAUUUAAAAACUUAGAAUUAAUUUAGAAAACUGGCGGCUGUUGUUCGGUAUUCCUGUACCCGAUCUUUAACUAGACGUUUCUUGGUAUUUCAGCGAUUGCAUUGUUUUAACGCGAUUCUUAGGGUUGUAAGAAUAGUUUGUUCAUAGUAUCUUGCUAUAAGCACGCGUGAUUAUUCCAACUCCCUUUGUUUGACAGAUAUAGGCGAAUUUCAGGGUCUUAACGAGUUAUACGGGAUCAGGGAUAAUAGGCAAAAAGUAGGGGGGGAUCAGGGAUCAGAGGCCCGGGAUCUGGGAUUCUUAGUCGUGGGAUCGGGAUCAGUAGUGCUGUGAGGUGAUCAGGGACAGUUUUCCGACAAAAAAAUGCUUUAAGGGGAAGGACCUGCUCUCGUUUAAAAACUCAGUUGUAUUUUUGGCGUAACAAUUUGUUCCGGCACUUAAGUGUACGCAAUACGACUUAGUACGCCCCUGAGUCUCGGCUGGGAGUUGCCUAGCUAUUGAUUAAUUUUGUUUUGACUCAUUUUCUGUAACUAUACCUUACAUUCACUGAAAUAUCGAAUUGGUCUGGGUUUUUUGACUGCCAAAUAAGGACUUAAUAAGAAAAAAUUCAUACAAUGGACAUUACCUUUUGCCAAUGAUUUCCUUCUGCACCCCGAACAAUGAUUUUAUACAUGCUCUUUCGACAGUGAAAGACGAGAUUUUUCAACGGACAAAACCCUGUUAUCACAGCACUUGUUAUUGCACUUGGUACUGUAACUUGUAUUUUUCUGCUGACCAUGCUCAACAGACAAUACAUGGUCUCUUGCAAGCAUUUAGCAGCUCCCGAUUCCAAGCCUCUGAUCAACGCUAUUAUCAAGUGGCAAGUGUCGGGAGAAUAACGGCAAAUAACGAAGCCUGUUCUUAUUAUGCUAGGGAGAAAGUGUGCGAAACAUCUUAACGAACUUUACAAAGGCUUACAAGGCGAAGAAGUAGUCGAUCCGGGCUCUGUAAAAUAAUGUAGUUUCUUAGCUCGUUGUUCGGCAGGCCAGUGGCCUUUAUCUUUGCCCAAAGAGAACUCAAUCUGAUCUCGUUUUGCUCCAAAAUUCUUCAAAAGUCUUGCCUUUUGCAGGUACCUUUUUUGAAUAGCUGUCCCAGCUUACUCCAUCCGCAGUGAGCUGGUAAACUGCUUACAAUUAUGUCAUGGGGUAACUCAACCGAAUGUAAUCGAAACAUCAGUAAGAGGAUUAAGUGAGAUGGUGAGGUAUACAACUUACAGGUCAUGUGGCUGAAAACGUUUUGCAGUUCACUUGGUCAUGAUCAACUGGUGCUACCAAGGCGACGACUGAGAAAAAGCUAGCUGGUGCAAACCCCAUUUAUUCUGAAUCGAUCAGCCAAUCUUACUGACAUUACUUUUUGUGUGAAUAAAAUUUUGCUAAAUGGAAUUGAUCUCGUUUUAAAAGGAACAGGGCAAAAAACAAAAAGUGCUUGGUUUGUUUCGGAAACGUGACGGAUAUAAGAAACUUCCCGUUUCCGUCGAGUUUACAAGAUACGGAAACACGUUAUUUCGUCCUGUGAAACGCUCUAUAUGUGAGCCGUCUAAAGUGUAACUAUUAUGAUAGAAAUGAUGAUAACUAAUGGAACUGGCUGGAGUAAAAAACUCUCCAGUCAGUAACUUGACUGGGACUCUGCUGAAGAAAUCGAGAGACACUUUAUUUUGCAUUUUAUUCAGGUUAUAUCCGGAGCAAAUGUGUAGACUAGAACGUUUUACCCGUUUACCUUUAUUUACAAGGAAAAAUUACGCCAAGUCAAUGUUCAGAUAAAAUCACUAAAGAUUAAAGAGUGUCAUAAGUAGACUGUAGCAUAGUUAAGGUUAAAUGCCCUAUUUGUAACGGUAAAAAUGCCCGUUUUACUUAUUUGGAGUGCUGCUACUCUCUCACUUUCCCGCCGAAACGUCUAAAGAAAGGUUAUUUAGGACCAUUAAAAAUUUACGGUAAGAAAUGAGAUUUGUUUUUAUAAUUUUAGGAACUGCUGGUGACUCUCUUACAGGGCAUCAUAAAAUGCCAUUCUCCACCAAAGAUCAAGACAAUGAUCAACUUUCUGGCAAGAGCUGUGCCAUUUCAUAUGAGGGAGCCUGGUGGUACAAUAAAUGUCAUGCCUCCAACUUAAAUGGUCGCUAUCUUAAUGGGAAUCACUCCUCUUUUGCCAACGGUGUAAACUGGUUGCACUGGAAAGGCUAUCAUUACUCCGCCAAACGCGCUGAAAUGAAAACCAAACCAGUAGCAGCCUGA